CCGUUGGAGGGACCAGAGUUGCCUAGCAACCGCGUGUCGGCGUCCUCAGACGGAGCACGCCCGAACGCUCGACAGCAUCUCUCUGCCUUUGCGUUUACCGACGACGACAACAACAACAACAACAAAACAGGAACACACACACACGCACAACGAGCAGUUAUUGAAGGCGUCGUUUUGAAUGUGAAGUCAUAACGCUUUUUGGUUUCGGUUUGGCUCAGCGUCGCGAUCUCGUUACGCGAAGACAGCGGAGGCUUUAACGACGCAAAACCCCUAAAUACAUUAGUGAAUUCUCCGCGGCCGAUGAAGAUCUCGCACGAGCCACGAUCCGAGACAAUGGCGGUGUCGGCGUCGGCGGUGGCGGCUGUGGCGCUGGCCGCAGAGCCGUCAUCGACGUCAUAGCGCGGUGGCGAUGGAUCGCUACGAGCGGGUGUCGGUGCUGGGCCGUGGCGCGAGUGGGGAGGUGCUGCUCGUGCGAGACUCGGCCGGCGCGCGCCGCCUCCUCGCCCUCAAGCUUGUGCCCGUGGAGCCGUGGCGGCGUGGGCGGUCACGGGAGACGGUGCUACGCGAGGCCGAGCUGCUGCGACGGCUGCGCCACCCCAACGUGGUGGCGUGCGUCGAGCACUUCUUCGCGUGCGGCAAUGGAAGAGGAGGUGGAGCAGAUGGCGGGAGAGCAGGAGAAGAUGCAGCCGAGAGCCUCUACAUGGUGCUGGAGUACUGCGAUGGCGGGUCACUGGAGGACAGAGUUCGGAGGGCGCGUGAGGGUGGCCAGUUCAUCGCCGAAAGACAGGUCAUGCAGUGGUUCGUACAGGUGUGCAUGGCUGUGCAGUACAUCCACUCUGUCAAGAUCCUGCACCGUGACAUCAAGACCUCAAAUGUGUUCCUCACCAAGGCUGGCACGGUCAAGGUCGGUGAUUUUGGAAUCUCGAAGGCCAUGGAGGGGACCCUUGACAUGGCGGUGACGUGCGUGGGAACCCCGUACUACCUGAGUCCGGAGAUGUGCCAGGACCUGCCCUACAGCUCCAAGUCGGACGUGUGGGCUCUCGGCUGCCUCCUGUACGAGCUGUGCGCCCUGAGACCUGCCUUUGAAGCCAGCAACAUAAUCAGCCUCUUCUACAAGAUAAUGCGCGGCGAGCCGGACCCGCUGGACGAGAGCUACUCGCGCGACGUGCGUGCGCUGGUGGCGCUGCUGCUGAGCCGCAGCCCAGAGGACCGGCCGAGCGCCAGUGCCGUGCUGGCCUCGCCGUACGCGCAGCGCCACCUGCGUCUCUUUGUGCGGGAGUGUGAAGACCGACGGGCUGGACGGGCACACAGGGCGUCGCGCUCCGAUCACAGCGGCUGUGUGGACGCUGUGCGGAGCAAGUCGUCGUGCUCCCCGCUGGCGGACGACGGGCUCGCCGCGAGCAAGGGCUCGCAUGGCAGCGGCGACGGUGACGUCUGUGGCGGCUUCGACCCUAGGGCCAAAUCGGCUCCCCCCGGCCUCCCCGGGAAACUCCACGAGGCAAGUGAAGAGGAAGAUGAAGAGGAGCGGUCCUCACCUGGGGAGGACCCUGGGAGGCACGGCUCGUCUCCGGAGCCCAGCGACUACUCCGACGAUUUCAGCGACGAGGGCAGCACUCCGGGGAAGAGGAGCCCCGUCUCGUCGGUCGAUGAGGAGGUGGUCGAGGUGGACGAUGCACAGCUGGGAGACGACGUCCCUGAGGAGCUGGAGGGCAGCUGCGAGGAGGCGGUCGAAUACGCGGACGAUUUUGAAGAGUGCGACGAUGACGACGAUGAGCAGCUUGAGCUGGCGGUGAGCUGCGCCCGCUCGGCCGUGGGCGCCAUCGAGGCCGGCGGUGGGGACAGGAGCAUGGCCGCGAUCGCCCACGGCGACGGGGAGAAGGAGGGAGGCGAUAACGAUGAGGUCUGCUCUCAGACAAACAACCUGCGGGUUCUACGACAGCACUGCAUCGACGCGCUGGGGCCCGAGCUGUUCGGAGAGGUGUGCGCGUUGCUGGAGUCCGGCGCGGGCGAGUCGUGCGUGCGGGAACGCUACCGGAGCACGCUUGCCGAAGAUCACCUCUCCGCCUGCCUGAUGCUCCACGGCGCCACGAGCGGAGUCACCUGCGUGCGGUGAAUUCUCGUUGAGCAGAAAGAGGGCACCAGGUGGGGCAUGUGUUGCCCUUGGUUGUUUUCUUUUCUUUCAUGACUGAACACAAAGAACAGGAGUCACAGAGGGGAAUGCAUGCCGCGUGCGCACAACAUACUCGGCCCAGCCGUGACCUCGUGAGUAAAUCUCCCCCCAAAUAGGGGCCGAUUUAAAGUUACUUCACCCUACAACGGUAAGGAUAAGAUUCUGGACCAGUGGAUUAACCAGGGAGGGGGGGGGGAGGGAGGGAAGUGGGGGGAGGAGGGGGAGAGGCAUGUUGCCUUUCGUAGUGGUGUAGUAGCUAUUAAGGGUGCAGGCGUUGCAAUUGCACCGGGCUCUACAUGCCAAAAGGGGCCCAGGUGGUGAGCUAAUAUGAGGAGGGAAAUUGGACAAAGGGCCCCAAUAUCAUUCCUCGUACCAGUGGCACAUGCCAAUCACGCUACGCCAGUGAACCUCCCCACUUAUGAACAGCAGCCCUGUGUGCACCCUCCCCCACCCCUCACCCAUUCCUAUUCAAAGGCAGAUCCUCAUGGUGGCUACGUAGGAGUUUCUGGUUUUAGAAAUCAUCGUGCCACCACAUCUCGCCGUCACUUCUUUGCAAUAAUACUGUAAUGUAACAAUAAUAAUUCUGACCGAGUCUAAAGGCUUAUUUUUGCAUGAGCAACCUGCAUCGGAAUGUUUGACCAAAUGCCUUUAAAAGGAGUGUUUUGUCUGUUGGAGGAAACUUGAAGCGCUCGGAGAAAACCCACCGCACGUACAAGAGGGUAGAACCCAAAGAUGUGCACAAAUGUAUACGCAGAGCCUCUUGCUGUACUGUCGUCUACCAGCCAGAUUACAGCCCAGCGGGUUUAGGAGUUGUAUACAACCUUUCCUCCAAAAUUGCUGGACUACAAGUUUUGCACUUUUCAGCUUUUCCUGCCUUCAGAUACUGAAGCAUCUGGUCUCACAGUUGACAUCUGGUCUCCGAGGUCUGCUCUGAUGUCUCACAAUUCUUAUGCAGUUCCGGGGGUGUGGCUUUGGGUGCCCUCCUAUCCUAGGUGACUUUCUGUUCCCCUCUUGACUGUCUUGCACACACAUAGACAACGAUUCCCCAUGUAGCCUUACAGAUUGAUGGGGCAAGGGCUGUUAGUCGGCAGCUAUUCAUCGUCACAAUUGAGCACUGUGGCCAUCACCACGCUUGGCCAUCUUUGUCUCACCAUUGCGAGUGCUUUUAUUGACUCCACCCAGAACUCAUUUAAAGCUGAUUCGACCUAUGGGAAGCCCAGGGCAACUUCUGGUACCACUUGCCACUGAUAUUGCCUGUGGCUAGGAAUUGUACUCAAGUCACCAGGAUCACAGUGCGGACCAUUGUGCCACUGCUACCCUCGAUACCUGAGCUAUGUGGUGAUACACAGCUGCGUGUAUGUGUGCGUGCGUGCAUGGAAGAGCAGUUUAACAGGAGAUGCAGGAAGGUACCAUCAGACUCGGGGAGUCUGUUUGAAAGAAUCCUUCCAUGGGUUAAAGUGGCCAUCCGAGACUUAAUGCUGACUGCCUCAUUCACGGCACGUUUAUGCAGAUUUUUGGUGAGUUGUAAUUGUUACGUUUCACCGCCACAAUCAGCCCUGUUUAAUCCGCCGCUGGAUGAAGGCCUCCCCAAAGAUGUCGGCCAACCCGCUUGGUCUCGUGAUGCAAAACAAUUCGUCUGUAACAACAGGACACGAGGGUGAUCUCAUCGCUCCAUCUCCAUGGUGAGACGUCCUCUCGGGGGCAUGCUCCACCUCCUUUGGCUGUGACUCCGUCGUUAGUCUCAGCCGCCGGCCAUCGUCGCUGCCCUAGCACACUCACAUUUCUAAGUAUGUACCGUUUACAUAGGUUUAAAAAGGUCAAAGCGCCCUUUUUGUUCAAAGUGAGCGUUGGGUGGCAUUCAUCGCUGUUGGCAUUCUGGGGCCGCUUCCACAUUACUAUGGCAUGGGCAAGUAUGGUCCACAAGGCAGCCACAGUUGACCCGGCGCAAAGCGGUGCAGUCUAACUUGCUGGGACUCAGGUGACCAUUUCCAUUGUUAGCGAGGAUGAUGAUGAUGAUGAUGACGACAGUUGUUUGACCCUGAUGAAGAUUUGAAUUUACAUCCUCACGAUUAGGAGCCUUUGACGUUCCACCAAACCAAGGCAUAGGCUGCCGGCUUCGCAUGAACACGACGAAGGUGUUGGGCAAUCUGAGGUUGGGGAAAAAGUGAAACUAACCGCGUUUUAAAUGUACUAAGCGACUAAUGUCAAAGCACUUGCAAAAUAAACUACUGUAUUUGUAAUGGUAAUUUUAAAAA